CGUUUACGUAAAUUCUGUUUCAAAGCUCUGUCGUAAUUGCUUCUAAAAUGAGGUUGAUACUAAACCUCUGUAGAGGAGCAGGAUGCAACCUACAGGCUGUGGCCGGACAGCUGCUGCCCAGCACAUGGAGCCUGCACGCGCACGCUUUGACCAAAGAAGCCCCCAUACUCCCGGUGAAAAAGAUUUCCAGAAGCUGUUCUGUCAAUAACAAAGUGUCAGAGAAAACCACAAAACCACCAACACUAAGAUCAUUCUUGAGUCCAAUUUGAAAAACUAGGGUCAAGUUCUGCAGAGGCGUUCAAAGGACAAGAUACCACCCUAAUACCCAUCGUGUGAGGGAAAAUGCUCUAUUCACCAUUCCUCAGCUUCUGGUUUCAGAGUUCUCUCUAUAUUGGAGGGUGUUUUAAAGCUAGAGUGGUCUUUAUCCACUUUUAUUAACACAUCUGAAUGUGAAGGUCAAGAGAGGAAAGUGACAUGUCCUAAGUCAGAGUAGAGUCAACAAGAAAAUAAGACAAACAGCGACUGAACCCCUGGUGUAUACUGGGCAUUGGCAAGCUACUGGGGAUAUGGAGAUGAAGAAAACGUAAUCCCUUCUUCAAGGAGCCCAACCUACCAAGGUAGACAGACAUAUAGACAAAUAGAUACUUGCAUAGAAAAAAGGAGGAGAAUGGGAUCAGUGUGACCUGUGUAACUAAGUACCCUAUACAACCCUCCUGCAACAGAUCAUAUUGCCCUUUAUAGUGGAGAUGGUAAUCCCAUCUCUGAAUUCCACAUGUAGUUUGCAGUCAUAGCACACCCAUGUUUCGGUCCUGACUACCAUUUAUAAACAGCAUCACUUUCAGCAGUUCUCAGCCUUCUUAAGCUAGGGUCAUUGUCUGUAGGGAUACUGCUUCACAAGCAUCAGCAGAACACCAAAGGAGACUGUAUGGGUGAAAGCAGCCAACACUGCCCUGGCGCUUCAUAGGUUCUUAGAGUUUUCAUCUUUUACUUUCAGUCUAAUGCAGCACUGCCUGCUUUUUGUUUUUGUUGCUUGGUUUGUUUUUUUCUUACCGUGUUUACCAAACUUGUGUCCAAAUAGCUUUGGGCUGAUGCAGAAGUAUCUAUGUGGAAGAGAAAGAAGAGUUGUUCUCAUGGAGGGCCUUCAGAUGAGUGCUAUAGACUCUAGGGAACUCUCCAAGAGGCUUCUCAAGCAGGGUGGGCAGUGAGAGCUGCUGUGGAAUCAAUGGACAAACAUUGACAGGGACUGCUUUGAAAGACAGUACUCAGUUGAGUAUAUAUGUUCUCUCUUAAGGGCUAAAACUAUAAUCAUCCCUUAAACACUCUGUGAUGGGAUCUUCAGGAUCAUCUUUUGAAGUAAACUAUAUUUUGCAAUGUGAU